AUGGCUAAUAAAUUAAACUCACAUCAAAGUUAUCCAAUCAAACUUGUUAUUGUAGGCGAUGGAACAGUAGGGAAAACAUGUGCAUUAAUAUCUUAUACAACAAAUACGUUUCCAGAAGAAUAUGUUCCAACAGUAUUUGACAAUUAUACAUCGAAUAUUCUUGUGGACGGAGUAAAAAUUUCGCUUGGUUUAUGGGAUACAGCUGGUCAAGAAGAUUAUGAUCGUUUAAGACCAUUGUCAUAUCCACAGACUGAUGUAUUCGUGUUAUGUUUUAGUGUUGUUAGUCCAACAUCAUUCACAAAUAUAACAAAUAAAUGGAUACCUGAGAUAAGACAUCAUUGUCCUGAUACACCCGUAUUACUUUGUGGAACAAAAAUCGAUUUAAGAGAAGAUAAAGAGGAUUUACAAAAACAAAAUUUAACAGCGAUUAAACGAGAACAAGGACAACGUUUAGGAAAAAAGAUACGUGCCUUCAACUUAUUUUUAUUGUGGCAUUCUAACAUAUCAAUCAUGCCAGUUAAAGAAAUAUUCUAUUCAGAUACAUAUAAAGAUGAUAAUUAUGAGUAUAGACAUGUCAUUCUACCUCCUGAACAAACGCAACUUCUGUCACGAACACAUUUACUAACAGAAACAGAAUGGAGAAAUUUGGGUGUACAGAUGUCACAAGGCUGGAUCCACUAUAUGUUUCAUAAUCCAGAACCGCACAUAUUGUUAUUUCGUCGUCUAUUAAAACCAACCACAUAA